UAAUUGAACACACCUGAAACAGUUAAUUAAGCCCUUACUAGGCAUACUAACUUCCAGGCAGGUGUAUUGAAGCAAGUUGGAGCUAAACUCUGCAGGACACAGGCCCUCCAGGACUGAGUUUGAAGACCCCUGCUUUAAUUAUUUACAGAUCUUUGUACUUUUUGCUUCAUGAUCAGAGCAGAGUGUUCGCUUCUUCCAUUAACGGCAAUGCUCCACGCUCCAUCCCAGCAGGUGGCAGUAUAUGCACCUAAAGCUGGAUUGCCAACCGCCAUAAAACGUCGAAGAAGAGCGUUCGCAGUCAAGGACUUUUAUUAUGAAGGGGCUUGAGUUGACAGUUGUACACCAGCACAGCUUUAGUGAAGCUGGACUGUAGAUUGAAGGAUGGAGACCAGUGGCAAACCCUCGACAGCACAGAUUGUGUUGCUAGCCACUAGCUCGGCUCUGACUGCUGUCUUGUACAGCAUAUACAAGAGGAAGUCGAGCCAUGUAGCGAGAUUAAGGGAGGCCAAGAAGAUGCCAUUAAAUCCAGAUCUCAAAACUAUCCUGGAUGAGGCACCAGGAAAAUGUGUUCCUUAUGCAGUUAUUGAAGGUGUUGUGCGCUCGGUGAAGGAGACCUUGAACAGUCAGUUUGUAGACAACUGUAAAGGGGUCAUCGAGAGGUUAACCCUAAAAGAGAAGAAGAUGGUGUGGAAUCGUACAACUCAUCUAUGGAAUGAUUGUGAAAAGGUCAUCCACCAACGCACCAACACCGUGCCCUUUGACCUCGCCCCACAUGAUGGCACUGUUCUCACAACAGUACGAGUGGUCCGUCCAAUCGAUGCAGCUGAAUUGGAUCUGGAGACCACCUAUGAGAACUUUCACCCCUCCCAGCAGUCUCUGACCAACGUCAUCAGCACAAUUUGUAUGUGUCUAAAAAAUUUCAGUCAUUAUGGCUUGACUGCCUGCGCCACACUAUUCUACCUGCUGUGGAGGCAGUACGUGCUGCGCAAGGAGCGGAGGAAAGAGCGCAGCCUGCUGGACGAGUACAGGAAGUGGCAGAGCAGACGUUUGCAGGAGCUCCACCUGGCAGGGGAUGAUUUGUCUCCUACUACAUGCACAAUAUGCCUGAGUCGUGAGCGCUCAUGCGUGUUUCUAGAGUGUGGUCACACAGUCAAGGAAACCCUGAACAGCCUUUCUGUCGACAACUGCAAAAGGGUCCUGAAAGAGAAGAGGGUGCUGAAUUGCACAACAGACAACUGCUUGACUGGUGUAGGCAAGAUGGUGCAAGACAGCAACCUGGUUUGUGUUCCACCUCCGGACAUACGGUACUUCCUCACUCUUUACUCCAUCCUGAAGAAGCAGGAGAGUGGCAUGUGGUUCUUGCAGGCUCUUGAAGGUGAUGUUCGGUCUGACCGUCUGCGCCAUCUUCCUCUACGUGCUGCGCAGGAAACUGAGGAGAAGAGUUAG